AUGGUUGGAAGCCCGAGAGUCAGCCCCAAAAAUUUCCUGGGUGGGGGGGCUCGCAGGGAGUAUGGCUACGCCAGUGUUGGUCACGACCUGAAUUGGUUGUCCUUUUUCCCAGGAGUGAGUCCUAUACAUAAUGGCCAAGUCUGCAGUACGUGGGGUAACUACCACUUCAAGACCUUUGACGGAGACAUCUUUCAGCUCCCCUCCACCUGCAACUAUGUUGUGACCUCACUGUGCCAUAGCAGUUAUGAGGAUUUCAACAUCCAGAUGAGGCGGCAGGUGGUGGACAACCAGCCCACCAUUAGCAAGAUCACCAUGAAGCUGGAUGGCACAGUGGUGGAGCUUUCCAAGGGUUCCAUUGUUGUUAAUGGGAAUAAUGCCACCUUACCAUUCAGCCAGUCUGGUAUUCUCAUUGAAGAGACUCCCUCCUACAUCAAGAUCAAAGCAAAACUGGGAUUGGUAGCCAUAUGGAACCAGGAUGAUUCCUUCUUGGUGGAGAUGGACAUCAAAUUCAGAAAUAAGACCUGUGGUCUAUGUGGAGAUUUUAAUGCAAUUCAGCAAUUUGAUGAGUUCUAUAGCCAUGGUAUGAAAUUGUCCGCUGUCGACUUCGGAAACUUCUGGAAAUUGGAUGGUCCCACUGAAAGCUGUACUGAAAACAUAUUGCCUUCAAAUCAGAAAUGCCCCAAUCUGAAACCAGUUUGUGAGCAGUUGCUCUCCGGUCCUGCCUUCAGCAGCUGUAAGGACUUGUUGGCCAUCGACUCAUUUGUUGAGGCCUGUGUAUCUGACCUGUGCCACUGUGAUAACAGCACCAACUCCUUCUGCCUGUGCAACACUAUCUCAGAGUACUCCCGUCAGUGUGUUCACGCAGGGGGGAAGCCCAAACAAUGGAGGACUGAACAGUUCUGCUAUAAGACAUGCCCCUUCAACAUGGAGUACCAGGAGUGUGGAAACCCCUGUGUUGACACCUGCUCCAACCCUGAGAGAGGCCAGCUGUGUGAGGAACACUGCUCAGAUGGCUGCUUUUGUCCUCCAGGAACCGUUUUUGAUGACGUCAACAAGAAUGGUUGUAUCGCCUUGAGUCAAUGCUCCUGCCGCCACAAUGGAAAAACCUACGCACCCGGAGAGUCUUAUUCAAGCACUUGUAAAGAUUGUUCUUGUGCUGGUGGUCAGUGGAAGUGUGUGGACAAGGACUGUCCUGGCACCUGUGCUGUGGAGGGAGGAUCCCACAUCAACACCUACGAUGGAAAAACCUACACCUUCCAUGGGGACUGCUCUUAUGUUCUGACCAAGGACUGUGAUGGGAUGCAAUUCACUGUACUGGGUGAUCUGGUGCAGUGUGGGCUUUCUGACAGUGAGACUUGUCUAAAGGCUGUUACCCUGUCCCUCUCAGAAGGAGCCACUGUGAUCAACAUACAACCCAAUGGAAAAGCCUUUGUAAAUGGAAUCUAUUCUCAGCUGCCCUUUUCUGCUGCUGGAGUAACUAUUUUCAGAGCCUCCUCAUUUUUCAUCAUUGUCCAGACCACCUUUGGCCUCCAGUUGGAAAUCCAACUCUCACCAAUCAUGCAGGUCUAUAUUGCUGCAAGCACCGUUUGGCAGCAGAGAACUUGCGGUCUUUGUGGAAACUUCAACAACAACCAAGGAGAUGAUUUCAAGGUCCUGAGUGGAGUGACUGAGGGCACAGCCAUUGGUUUUGCAAACACCUGGAAAACACGAGCCAGCUGCCCAGACAUCAAGAGUAGCUUUGAAAGCCCCUGCAGUUUAAGUCUUGACAAUGAGAAAUAUGCCCAGCACUGGUGCUCUCAGCUGGCUGAUCCUAAAGGGUUGUUUGCUAAAUGCCACACAGCAAUAAGCCCAGACAUGUACAAAGAAAACUGCAUGUAUGACAGCUGUAACUGUGAGAAGAGUGAGGACUGCAUGUGUGCUGCCGUCUCCUCUUAUGUCCACGCUUGUGCUGCCGAGGGUAUUCAGCUCAGCGGCUGGAGAGACACAAUCUGCAACAAAUACUCCACCUCGUGCCCUAGCACCAUGGUCUACAGCUACAGCAUAAAAAGCAGUGAUCGCUCCUGCCGCUGCUACAGCGACUCUGACUUUACCUGUUCAAUCACCUUUGAGCCUGUGGAUGGGUGUGUCUGUUCUGAGGGUUCCUACCUGGAUGAUGAGGGCAAGUGUGUUCCACCAGCCAGCUGCCCUUGUUAUUACAAGGGCUCAGUGGUGUCCCCUGGAGAGGUCAUCAGCAAGGAUGGAACCAUGUGCACCUGCAAGGAGGGAAAACUCCGUUGCAUUGGAUAUUCACCCGAUCAGCCAUCAUGUGUUGCACCAAUGGUUUUCUUCAACUGCUCCAAUGCAAGCCCAGGAGUGAGAGGGUUAGAGUGUCAGAAGAGCUGCAACAUUCUGGAUAUGGCCUGUAUCAGCACAGAGUGCAUAUCAGGCUGUAUGUGUCCCUCUGGACUGGUAUCCGAUGGAAAAGGAGGAUGCAUCAAGCCAGACCUUUGUCCUUGUUCUCACAAUGGAGCAACUUACCAACCAGGAGACAGAAUCAAGGUCGACUGCAAUACCUGCACUUGUAAAGACAGAAAAUGGCAGUGCACAACUAACCUGUGCCAUGGAACCUGUGCCAUUUAUGGAGAUGGACACUACAUUACUUUUGAUGGGAAACGAUUCACUUUCGAAGGUGACUGUGAAUACACACUUACAAAGGACUACUGUGGUAGCAACAAUGCCAACGGCAGCUUCAGAGUCAUCACUGAGAACAUCCCUUGUGGAACGACAGGCACCACCUGCUCCAAGGCCAUUAAGCUCUUCCUGGGGAACAAUGAACUAAUUCUGACAGAAGGGAACUACCAAGUCGUUGAGAGAAAUACAGGGGAGGCGGUUCCUUACCAGAUUCGCACAAUGGGCAUCUACCUUGUGAUUGAAGCCAAUAAUGGGUUGAUUCUCAUGUGGGACAGGAAAACAAGCAUGUUCAUCAAACUGAACCCACAGUUCAAGGGACAUGUCUGUGGUCUGUGUGGAAACUAUGAUGGCAAUGCAAACAAUGACUUCACUACCAGGAGCCAGGCAGUAGUUGUCAACCCUCUAGACUUUGGAAACAGCUGGAAAGUCUCUGCAAGCUGCCCCGAUGCAAAGAACAAAAGGAGCCCCUGUACUGCCAACCCUUACAGGCAGUCUUGGUCACAGAAGCAGUGCAGCAUCAUACAGAGCAAAGUUUUCACAGACUGCCAUUCUAAAGUGGACCCCUCUCCUUUCUACGAUGCUUGUGUGACAGACUCGUGUGCUUGCGACAGUGGUGGAGACUGUGAGUGUUUCUGUACCGCUGUGGCAGCUUAUGCAGAGGCCUGUAAUGAGGCUGGAGCCUGCAUAGCCUGGAGAAGCCCACAAAUCUGCCCACUGUUCUGUGAUUACUACAACCCCCCUGGAGAAUGUGAGUGGCACUACAAGGCCUGUGGAGCUCAGUGUAUGAAGACCUGCAGGAAUCCCUCCGGGAGCUGCUCAACUCAGAUACCACCUCUUGAAGGUUGUUAUCCAAAAUGUCCUCCUGCUCAACCCUUCUUUGAUGAAGAUAUAAUGAAGUGUGUGGAGAAGGAGCAGUGUGGCUGCUAUGGCAGAGAUGGAAAACACUACAAUAAUGGAGAAAAAGUACCGACCACAGAAAACUGUCAGACAUGGUAUGCCUUUAGUAAUGCAGAGAAUCUUGGUCUUGGCUAA